UAGAAUAAUAGUUUCGGUAGAAGUUACUUUUAUGUAAUUGUUCAUAUCAAUAUGCUCUACAACUGUGUUAAAGUCCCAAUCGCGUCAUUCGGAGCUUGAAUUGAGCCUCUUUUUCUCUGAUUUCUGGUGUAGUCUGAAAGCUUUUGAUUCAAGAUAGGCAGUUAUGUAUUUGGAUAUAUGUUUAAUAGGAGCUUUCUUAGAAAGAACAGAAUUAAAUAGGCCUAAUUACUAUGGAUGUGGAUCCAUAACAGAGAGAGUAACCAUGUCAGAAAAUAAUGAUAGUAGAUCUUAUGAAAUAAGAUUUGUCAUCCCAGAAGGUGGACUUGAGAAAACUACUGAAAUUAUGAAAGCUGCAUUUGGAGCAAUGCAAAGUAAUAGCUUUGAUCCUCUUUGGAUUACAGAAACAGAAUGUCUCCAGUUAACAGAACAGCCAUCAAAAUUGUUUAUUAUUGAUCCAUUUGAAGGAAAGGCAUAUAAACAUUUAGUAUCAUUAAAAUGCCGAAUUUUAGGACCAUUAUGUAUUCUUGAAUGCAUACAAACAAAUCAAUCUCUUCCCUACAGAUCAUAUCCGGUAUAUAGUGUGUCAAUGAGGAAAGUAAUUGUUACGACUUCAAAUGUUGAUAAAAAGGUUCGAGAAGAAAUAUCUAAAAAAAUAGAACUUAUGGGUGGCUAUUUUAAUAAAGACCUUACCAAAAGUGUGACACAUUUAGUAGUUGGGAGUGUUAGUUCUACUAAAUAUAAUGUUGCUGUCAGUUUUGGAUUACCAAUAAUGAAGAUUGACUGGAUACAUGAUUGUUGGGAUAAUGGUCAAUAUCAGCAAAUUCAUGCAACUAAUGAAAUUUACAAGAAAUAUUUGUGUCCUCCAUUUUACGGUCUUAGUGUUACUGUGUCACAGUUGACAAAUGAAGAAAGAAAAAAUAUACAGCAAUGUAUUGAAAAGAAUGGUGGUAAAUAUUCAGGAGCAAUGAGAGCAAAAGAAGUAACACAUUUAAUCCUAAUGGAACCAAAGGGUGAAAAGUAUAAAUUUGCUAAAGCUUGGAAAAUUAAAUGUGUAAAAUUGAAUUGGUUAUAUGAUAGUUUAAAUGCUGGUUUUUGUAAAGAUGAAAAACUGUAUCAGUUAGAUGAUGGUUCAGUUCAAAAUAUUUAUACUUCUACACCUGAAAAAGGAAAUUUAAUAGAAAAAAUGAAAAAUAUAAACUGUAGUACAAUAUAUGAUAACACUAUUUCCUGCCUUGAAAGUCGCCUGGAAGAGACUACAAAUAUUAAUUCUGUGACUAUUGCUCCAGCAAAUAAUUCUUUUAAUAUAUUAGACGAAUUUAAUGAUAUUUUAAAAGUUGGACAAUUUCUUGAUGGUUGUAGAAUUUAUGUCAGUGGAUUUAGUGGAUUACGAUUAGAAAAAUUAUAUAAAAUCAUUAAUGCGGGAGGAGGAAUGAGAUUUAAUAAACUAAAUGAAAGUGUUACUCAUUCUGUUUUAGGAGAAAAAGAUGAUAAUAUUUUAAGAUUCAUUGAGGAAAAAGGAAUGAAAUGCCAUGUUGUAUCCUAUUUGUGGCUUGUUAAUUGUUAUAAAGAACAUACAUUACUUGAUGAAGAACCUUAUAGAUACAUUAAAAAUAUUACUUUAAGUCCACAAAUAUCUUCAAAAAUAGAAAGUGUAGAACAUUUAGCAUCACAUCAUAAUGAAACUCAACAGCCAAAUAAUUGUAGAAACAUUUCUACAAACAUUGAUAAUAGUUUUUCUGACAUAAUUAAUCAGUAUUUACCAAGUGAUGAUGAUAAAACUAUAAAAUCUGAUAAAUUAAAAAGCGAAAACAGAAAUAAAUCAGAAAUGCAAUUUUUUUCUGAGUUUACUGCUCAUAUUUCUGGGUUUCAACCAAAAGAUUCUAUGUUACUUUCUGAGAUGUUUCAAUCUGCUGGAGGAAAAAUUGCAAAAGUAAAUUCAAAAGCAGAUUUACAUAUUGUUCCACUAAUCGGAACAUCAGUUAAUUUUAGUGCAGUAAAUAUAGUAACUAAUUACUGGAUUCAAAUGUGUAUUGAAAAAGAAAAAUUACUUCAGUUUGAUUUCCAUCCCUUAUGUAAACCAUUAAACAUUAAUUCUGAAAUUCUGAAAGGUUGUGUAAUAUCAUUUAGUCAGUAUACUGGAGCUGAACGUGAUGGUUUAAUGGAAUUAGCUGAAAACAUGGGGUCAUGUACUCAAGAAUGUUUUGUUCGGAAAGCAAACAAAAAACAUGGAUUGUUACCAAAUACACAUUUGAUUGUUGCUGUCUCAGAAGGUAGUAAAUAUGAAGCAUCUAAAAAGUGGAAUAUUCCAGCAGUUACAAAAGAAUGGUUAUUUGAAUGUAUUAAAAUGGGUAAGAGAGUAAAUGAAGUUGAUUACUUGCUUGAUCUGCAAGAGUCAGUAUCAAAAUAUGACAAAACAUCCAUUACUGUCACAAGAAGUAUUUUAGAAAAUAACCAAUUAGUUAAUACACUUAUUGAUGCAAAUCAAAAAGAAAUAGAUUCAAAAGAUGAUAUAUCUGUGAUUGAACAAGAUAAUGAUAUCAUAUCUAAUCCUGUCCAAGAUAAAAAGCUUGAAGAACCAAUUCAAAAAAAUAAUAUAAUAAAGUCAUUAAAUAUUACAAAUGAAUCAUCCACAUCUUCAAAAUUUCUUGAUUCAAAUGAAGUUUACCAUCCUGAUUAUGAAGUAAACUCAGUUUUAUCAAUGUUAAACAGCCCUAUUAAUAGUGAUAGUAAAGACAGAAAGAAAAGUUUGCCUAUUCAGGAUCUUUUUGCAGAAAAGAUAUCUGCAGCUUUGAGAACCAUUGGGGUUGAAGAUCUGGAUAAAACAGGAAGUGAUUGUGAACAAGAUAAAAAUAAUAAUAAACCUUUAAAAGGUGUAGUUUUGUGUGUUUCAAAAAAACUUAGUAAUAAACAAGGAGAAUUAAAUAAGAUAGUUCAUUCUCUAGGUGGUAAUUUUAGAUGGAGUUAUAGUUCUGAUUGCACUCAUUUUGUUUAUCAGGGGAAAUCUAGUUCAGCUCGUGAUUUUAAGACUGCUCAAGAACAAGGUAAAAAAAUUGUCUCAAUUGAAUGGAUAUAUGCAUGUCGCGAUGCUCAUGCACUAGUUGAUGAGAGUCAAUUUUCACCAACUUAUAAUCCAAGACUUUCACUUUUGGGGCAGAUUUCUGUAAAAAAAUUAAAUUGUCAAGAUGAAAAAACUUCAAAAAGACUAUCAUAUCCUAAUAAUCCAAAUCAAGUUGAGUUAGAUAUAAAAAAAGAUGUUGUCGAUGGAGAAUCAAAAGCAUUAAAUAAUUUCACUCCUGAACAAGAAAAUGAGAAAGACAUAAGUAGAGAACUUGAAGAAUUGUUAAAUGCUAGUAAACGUAAAACAGAAAAUAUUCACUCUUCUCCAAGUCCAAAUUCUAAGCAGAUAAAUUUUAAUGUAUACAAUCAUAAUUUAAAAAAACAAGUCCAUGUUUCUGAGAAAGAAAGAAUAAAUAAAAUUAAUAAAAAUAUUUGGGAGAACAAAAAUGAAGUGCUACCAUUAGAAGCUUUUACCCAAAGUGUACCAAUUACAUGGGAUGAUCCUACUGGCAGAAGUGAAAGAGAAAAAUUAGCAGAUCAUAUUAAUCAAGCCAAUCUUGGUACCGAAUCAUUUAGUCCUCCUAGUAUUAAUGUUGGAAAUGAAACAAAAAAUUCAGAUGAAAAUGAAACAUUUGCGCGCACAGUUCAUAUGAAAAAUCCCAGUGAUGACAACAGUAUUAAUAAUUUACAGCAUAAUCCUGAUGAACAGAUUAUCCAAAACAAAAGAUUCAUGUUUUCUGGUUUUACAGAAAAUGAAAAAGCACAUUAUUCUGAAAUCCUAAGAAAUAUUGGAGGCAUUGUUUUAGAUACUAGAACUUUUGAUAAUACAACAACACAUUUAAUUCUUGGUCAGCCUUUGAAGAAUGAGAAAUUUUUAGCCAGUGUUGCAUCAGGAUUAUGGGUACUCCAUAAAUCAUAUGUAGAGUCUUGUGCACAGGCUGGUUGUUUUGUUGAUGAAGAAAUAUAUGAAUGGGGUGGCACUACAACUCAGACUUUUGAAUAUGCUCUUCAAGAAAAAUACAAUAAAGUGGCAAUGUGUCCUCGUCGUUGGAGAAUUAAAAUAAGUAAACAAAAUAAACUUGACAGGUAUGGUGCUUUCAGAGAGUGGAAAGUUUUAAUUAUUGCUGAUAAACAAAAAUCUUCAACUUACAAAAGAAUAUUAGAAAGUGGUGGAGCUGAGAUCAUUAAACCAGAGGAAGAUAUGAAUAAUGUCACACAUGCAUUUAUUGAGGUAUCUAAAGAAGAGUUAAACAAAGUUGAUUUAGAAUCACUAGUAUCUUCUGGAGUAAAUUGUUUAAAACCAGAAUAUAUAGCUUUUUAUUUGGUAGAAAUAAAUCCACCUUCAGAAGAAAAAUUUUUAAUUCCCCAAGUUAAACAACUAUUGGAAAAACAUGCAAACAAGAAAAGAAAAUUGGAAGGUAGUGAACAACCUAAUAAGAAAUACCAAUAUGAGAGGUGAUUAAAUUUUAAAAAAUUCUAUAUAUAUGUAGAAUUCCUUUCUGACAUUUGUUAAAAAUAAUGUACGGUAUAAAUUGUUUUUUUUAUGAAUUACAUACUAUCAAUAAUUACUCGGUGUAAAUACUCAUAAAAUUGUAUUUAUAAUUUUGAGAUACAAUAUUUAUGUGAUAGUGUAUAUAAGUUUAUAUUUCAUAGCAGUAAUAAAAUGUAUAUUUUUAAACAGUAAUUUGUAUUUUUUUAAAGAUAUAUUUAAAAAUAUGAAUAUAUUAAAGAAUCUUUUUUAUUUUUUCUUAAGUAUUUUAAGAUUACGUGAGAAUUUUCAUACCCAGAAUUGAUAAAAUUUUAAAAUUUGCUUCAGUUACAUUGUUCAUAAAAUUCUGAAGUCCAUAAUAUAAACAAAAUCUCAAUGCACUGACAUCAGAAAAUAAAGCUGAGACAUUGAAUUUUUGUGACUCAGGCUGCAAAGAUAAUAGUUUCACUAGAUCUGGAUAACCCAAAAUACAGUAACCUCCCUAUAAAACGAGUUCAUAUAAUACGGCGAAGAAAUUGCGAUCGUAUUCGUAUAAACAUGCUAAAAGAGGGUCGUAUAAUCGCCGACUCGUGUCGCGACAGGAUUG